AUGGAGGAUGAUGGUGAAAGCUGACAAGAAACCAAAGAAAAAGUGAAGAACCUCCUUAUCGACAAACUUAAUUUUUAGUUGGCUCCUGAAAUUAAAUGUGUUCAUCGCAUCAGCUGCCCAAGAAGACAGCAUGGAAUGCUAAAGCCUAGAAUGGUUGUCUGCAAAUUCACCAGCUACAAAGCGAAGGAGUUCAUUCGUAAGACAACAAGGAGAAUAAAGCCCGAGGGAAUUCACAUCUUUGAAGAUCUGGCUGAGGAGACAAUGGGGAAGAGGAGAGCUUAACCAAGCUAAGGCUCGCGAGAAGAUUGCCUACUUCUCCCUCGAUAAACUGGUGAUUAAAGAUAGACCAAAUGGUUUGAGUUCAAUGGCCUUUUCUUCUUCAUCUAGUGGUUGAACUCAUGCAUGUACAGACUUAUUUAUUUCUAUAUGAACAGCUGUCACCUAAAUUGUGUAACAGAAAGUUUCCUUGUGGCCAAUGCUUAAAAUACUCUGAUGAAUUGUAGGAAACCCUCUGACAUUGAACUACUGCCUUCCCUUGAUAUAAUGUCCAAAAUAUCUGGCCUUAGUAGUUUAGAUAGUUCUGAUAUUGAGUCAAACAUACCUAAUCCUAAAUUCUAAGUACUGUUACCCAUCAGAUUUUGAGAAACUGACCUUGUCAUCUUCAACAACUAAUUUCUUCUCAUUUCAUAUCAUUUUGAAUAGUCUUAAUGCCCAUCUAGGUGAUCUACAGACUACACUUGCAUCUUUGAAUUUUUAUUUUCAUGUAAUAGGUGCAAGUGAAACCAGGGAAAACUUUAAUACAGGUUUUAAAAUGAAUGUUGAUCUGGAUGGUUUCACACAACAUUCCCAAUCCCCCAGAUCUGCUGUCAGUUGUGUGGCAAUUUACACAAGUAGAUCUCCAAAUGCCUUCAAAAAAACUGACCCGAGUGUAGUUGAUGAUGAAUUUGAAACCAAAUUACGAAUAUUAAAGCUAAAAACAUCCUUUACUGUUGUGCCUAUAGUCACCCGUCUUUCAAUCAUGUAAGGUUUAAGGAACAUUUUGAGACAAUUUUAUCUCAGUUAUCAAGAGAAAAUAAGAAUAUCUUCCUUAUGGGAGACUUUAAUAUUAACCUAUUAAACUGUGAAAGCCAUCCAUAAUCCAACAAUUUCCUGCUAAUACUGAACUCUUAUUUUCUUCUUCCCUAUAGUUUGCAACCAACACAUAUUACUAUAAGAUCUGCAACCUUAAUCAAUAAUAUUGAUUGUCAGUGGUUUGAAUCGUAUGCUGAGUGUUGGUAAGCAUGUGUUGGCUUCCUAUAUACACUGGAGGUAAGGCAUCCACCUGGUUCUCUUGUACCUGUGGUGUUGAGGAGGGUCAGUUUGUUGUAGUUUUCUGUCUCCAUAGUGAAGCAAAUGGAAGGUUGUUUGUGGUUUAAAUGCUGUAGGAAGCUUUCUACACUAUAAUGUGCUACCAGCUAGGUGUCGUCUAUGUAAUGUUUCCAGAUCCUACAUGUAGGUUUUAAGGGUGAUGAUGUUACCACUUAUUCUUCAAAACUCUCCAUGUGGAGGUUAGGAACAACAGCAGAAAGGGGACUCCCCAUUGCUGCCCCUUCUUUCAUAGUUGAUUCAUUGUCCUGGAGGUGUGCAGGUCUCCUUAAAAGUUCAGGAGGUCCUUGAUUUGACCAUAGAUGUUUGUGUUAUGCAGUUGGGUAGGCUUAGAUCAUUCUCCACUUUCUGCCAAGCUGGCUUGUGAAGCUAUGUCAAUCAGAAUGUUCGUAGAAAACAAUUCUGAAUCAAAGAGCUCAAUGAUCUUGCUUUCUUGAAUCAUUCACCACUUCUGGCAGAUAAAAGUGGACAAAGUUGAACACCAUAAAAUCUAAGUAACUUGUUAGGGAAGACAAGAUGUUAGCUAGAUAAGCAGACAAAUCAUGUGCAAAGGUGUUCAUACAUGUAAGCAUUGGUCUCAGAGGUAUAUCAGCAAGGAUGAAAUUUCUGAGGAAUCAGAUGAAGAUUGCACAAGAAGUGUGACUGAUCAAGGUGGAUCUUGUGGCAAAUGGUUGCAGAGAACAGAACCUUUAAAAUGUGGCAUUAAAGAAAACGAUUAGAGAAACUCCACAGGAGGCUUAACAGUUAUUGACAAUGACAAGAUUGUCAAGUAGACAUGUUUAAUAACAGUAUUAAACAUGUAUAGUUGACAGAGAUAUAUCCAGGAUUGACCACUAAUGAGAUGCAAGCUAUUUAUGAUAAGCACCACAAAGUGUCCUCACUGAUAAAAGUUCACUAAAACACACAUAAUGCUGUGUCAAAUAUGAAGUAAUAUGAAAAUUACAAAUAACCUAGACAAAUAUGCAGUAGUAAUUGAACAAUACCUGCAUUCAAUCCUAGACAUAAGUGACCAAAAACACUGGCAAACCUUAUUAACAUUAGGCGCUUCUCUCCAAACAUAUAUACAACUCUUCCAAUUUCUGAAGUGGUCUAAAGUACAUUUUUUUAACAAUGUUAUUGCAAAUAUUUCUGGGAAAAGUUUGUUUUAAGUUUUCAAAAGAAGAACUAACACCAAGCCAAGUUGUCCAGAAAAUAAAUAUGAAGUGUGUGGAGGUAAGAAGGCCACCAAGAAGCCGUCAUACCACAACAAACAAAAAUGUAUUGAUAAUUCUAAGGACAAACUUACUGCUACUUCUAAUCUUAUUGUAACAGUUCCACUGUACCAUAGUUCACGUUUAUAUAUUUAUAUUUCUGCAGUUUUAGCCAUAUACAGACAAUGGAGCAGGAAUCCAAAAUAUCCAUAUCAUUUCAAUAUCAUAUGCCAUUUUUACAUCUUGAUGAUGGUGUUUUACCACCCAUAGUAAUCCCAUAUCAGUGGCAGUAUGCUUGGAUAAUGUGGGAAUGGUAUGGUGCUUUAUCACCACCCAUAGCAUUCCCAUACCGACAGUAGUACGCCAAUGAGAUGAUAUGGGAAUGGUGUAACAGGGUGAGAACAUUCCCAUAUCAGAUCGCCCUUUGCUUGGAUGAUAUGGGAAUGGUAUGGGAUGGUGCGAUAUACAUAGCAUUCCCAUGGUUUUGCUAUGGUGUGAAACCAUAUCAUUCCCAUACUAAAAACUAUGGGGAAUGUAUGGGGCAGUACCAAAUACAUAGCAAUCCUAUAUUAAAGACAUUAGAAUUAAAAUCCUAGGGAGAUACUGCCAUCUAUGGGUUUGAUAUGGAAAGCAAUAACCCAUACAAAAUCCAUAUACUACCCAUAGCAGGGCCAUAGGUCAUACCAUACCAUUACCAUGCUUGGGCCAUAUAUGGUCCAUAUAACUUGAUUUGAUAAGGGAUAACUCAAAUAACCCUACUCAAUAAUAAUUAGCCAUGAAUAAUGACUUUUUCAUGCAUUUCAUUUUGGAAAGUAUGUAAAGAAUUUAUGAAAUGAAUCAUGGCUGAUAAAUAUUUGGUACCCCUCUAAAAACAAUGGCAAAACCAAUUCUUUAUUUAUUUACCUUCAAUGCUGCUCCUUUUAGAGUGCUAGCUCUCAUGAUUAAAUGAUGAUAGCCUCCCAUGACUUAAAUAUUGAAUAACAGCUGGGUGAAGAAAUGAUAGUGAAGGUUCACUUAGCAGAAUUGUCACAACUUUCAGCUCAGCAGCUAUGCAUCAAUCCCCUUGAUUUAAUACCGCCAUAGAAUCUGUUGGUUUACCCAUAGAGAAAAGAGAUCUUUCAACAUAAUCCAGAAUUUCUGUGAAGGAAACACAAAACAUUUGGGAUAUUGUCGUCACGUUGUCCAUGGAGCUCGAAAGAUUUACUGGUUUAAGGUUAAGUCGAGAUAUAUCAUGACAAAGAUAAAAAUCAAACUGGUUAAAAAGUUUUCUGCUAAGGAAACAUUUACCCUCCCCACAUCCCUAUCCCUAGAUCAAUAUGCCAAAUCUGAUUUUGGAAAAAAUUUUAUUCACACAUUCAACAAAUACUGUACGUCCAUAAAUAAGCCACAUGUGUUUUGUCUGGGAAUUAUCUCUAAACACUGCAAAGAGACCAUUGCAUACACAACCAGUACUGUUAAGAUAUAGAGAAAAUCUCGCCCUGAACAAAAAAAUUAAAGACUUGAAGAACAGGUCCAAGAGGAACAACGUGGUUAUAUGGGGUUUAAAGGAAGGCGCCGAAAAAGAUUGCAGCUCCGUAGAAGAAUUCUUAGAGGAAGAACUUUUCAGUAAGCACAUGGGCCUCGAUAAUAUUGAAGUCAUGCGAGCGCACCGUACGAAGAUCAACCAAGCGGCUGCGAGCGCUACCGCUCCGCAGUCAAGGCCUAUCCAUGUCUACUUACUUAGAUAUCCUGAUAAAGGACGAAUUUUAAAGGCUGCAGCGAACACCCUGAAAGAUAACCCUUUCUGCGACAGUCAGAUAUUCAUAUCUGACGACGUGUCAAAAUCAGUUCGAAGUGAAAGAGCCAAACUACGGAAAGAUCAUUUAAAGCAACUUAAAGAAAGAGAAGGAGUCCAGUUCGCGUUCAUCCCAUGGUCAGUUCCCGCGCAUAUACUGUAUAAAGAAAUCGAUUCUGAAGGUCUCAAGUCCUUUAAAAUCAGACAUGAGUAAUCCUUAUGUUGCUGUUUUGUUGUCAUUAUAUACUGCGUAAUUGUAUUUAUAGCUAAAUGAACUGUAUGAUUUAUAGUUUUGUUUACAAUUUCGGCGCAGGCAAAACUGCUUGUCACUUUUAAUACCAUAGUAUAAUACAACCAUUUGCCAUGGAGAUCUCGGCGAAAGUGUGCAGCAACCGAGAUGGUAAGUGCGCUUUCGUUUGUUUGUAUAUUUUGUGUGUUGUUGUUUUGUGUCUGUGUUGUACUUCUUGUUCAAAACUUAAAUUAUUCUCUUACUACUUUUACAAACACUACCACCUCCAGCACAAUAGUGAAAUGCCUGAACGCUUGAUCGAGCAAUUCAACGUCAUCGCGAAAUGUAACGGCAAAUUUGAUUGCCUUGUUAAUGAAAUGUUGUAUAUUCGCAUGCGUAAGCCAACACUGAACGUGCAAACGGAUUCCAUCCGCGCCAAGGUGUUUGUUUAAGCCGUUCAUUCUAAUUUAUGCUAUUCUUGUACCUUUCCUUAUUUGCAUGUUUUUAAACUAGUCUCUUGAUAAUGGAGUCACGAUGACCCCGAAACGUCGAGUAAUAAAUCUUUCCUGGUUUUUUCUAUGCCUUUGCUUUAGCAAAUCCCUGCUGAUCAACUUUUACAUUUGUUUUGCUAUUCUAUUCAUUUUCCGAGCAAAUAGCACCUAUUAUAAAUGUGAUAACACUUAAUUAUUCUUGCAUUAAGAAUGCAUAAUUCGAAAGCUAAGCCUGAAAGCAUCAAAUUUCUUUCCUUGAAUGUUAGAGGCCUAAGCAACUUUCAUAAACGUAGGGCAAUUUUUUCCUGGUGUAGAAAGCAAAAAGCCGAUUUAAUAUUUUUACAAGAAACUCAUUCCACAACAGAACGACAGGAUCAGUGGCGAAAAGAGUGGGGCGUUUCUAUUUUAUUUUCACACGGCAGUACAAAUGCUAGAGGUGUUGCAAUUCUCAUAAAGAAUAGUUUGAACAUUAUUAUUCAACAAAGUGAAAUAAGUUCGGAUGGCAGGUUUAUUGUUCUAAAAGCUGCUAUUAACAAUGAGAUAUACAUAAUUGCAAACAUAUAUGGCCCAAACAAAGACGCCGAUGCUGUCAAGUUUUAUCGUAAUUUAUCAAAAUUAUUAAGAAAUGACGAAUUUAGUAAUGAAGAAAACAUUAUUAUAGGUGGAGAUUUUAAUUGUCCUCUCGACAUCACACUUGACAAAAAAGGUGGUUUACCGAUUCCUCGAAAAUAUGUAAUCAACUCUAUAGAUGAAUUGCAAAAUGAAUUCAGUCUGCACGACAUAUGGCGCCUAAAAAACCCAACAUUGCAAAGCUUUACCUGGGGGCGUUGUUCACCUUUUUAUAUUUUGCCGACUAGAUUACUGGCUAAUAUCCGAUAAAUUACAUGAUUUGGUAACUAAGGUCGAUAUCAUACCCUCGAUCAAAACAGACCAUUCCGCUAUUUUUUUUAGAACUUGAAGAAAUCGAAUCAAGUGGAAGAGGAGCUGGCUUCUGGAAACUAAACACUUCUCUAUUGGCAAAUGAAAAUUAUAAACAUAUGAUAACAAACAAUUUACCGACCUGGCUGGAUGCAGGUAAAGAUAUACAUGAUCCCAGACUUUUGUGGGAUUGGAUCAAGUUUAAUAUAAGGUCAAACUCCAUCAUAUUCUCCAAACAAAUAGCUUCCAUUCGACGGAAACAAGAAGAGGAAUUAAAUAAACGUUAUCAGGAGGCAGUCCCAAUGUUUCACACAAAUCCUUGUAACAAUACGCGUCUGGCACUAGAAAAAUCUAAGCAGGAUCUUGAAGCACUGUACGAGGACAAAGUAGAAGGGAUUAUACUACGCGCAAGAGCUCGAUGGCACGAACACGGUGAAAAGAAUAACAAAUAUUUUUUUAAAUCUCGAGAAACGCAACCAUGUUAAAAAGCAUGUAAGAAAGCUGCACAUUAGCGGUGUAAUUUCUACUGACCCCUUUAUGAUUAUGGAUUCACAACGCAAAUUUUAUAAGAACUUAUAUCGUAGCAGAAAUGUUAAUCUAGAUAAUGCAGAAUCAUCGAUUUUUUUCGAUAGUCCAAAUUUACCCAGUAUUUCACAUGAUUCAAGAAUAAUAUGUGAGGGUAGAAUAACUGCGGAAGAAUGCCAGAACGUUCUCAAAACUUUUCCAACUGCAAAAACGCCAGGCAACGACGGGUUACCCAUUGAAUUUUAUAACAACUUCUGGCCAUUACUUAGUGAUACUUUGAUUAAUUCAUUUAAUGAAGCUUUUAUGAAGAAGGAAAUGUCCCCAUCUCAGAGACAGGCAGUGAUUACUCUUAUUGAGAAACAGGACAAGGAUAGGACUUACUUAGAAAAUUGGAGGCCAAUAUCCUUGACUAACGUCGACGCCAAAAUUGCGUCCAAAGUUAUAGCGACCCGUAUUGUCAAAGUUUUACCCGAAAUCAUUCAUAGCAAUCAAACUGGGUACGUUUCAGGUCGCUACAUAGGGAAGCCGCAAGAUCAAUUCUAGAUAUAAUGGAUUACACGAAAACUUAUGAAAUCCCUGGAUUGCUACUUUUUAUAGAUUUUGAGAAAGCUUUUGAUAGUCUGGAGUGGAAUUUUAUGUUCAAAUGCUUAGAAGUCUUUGGAUUUGGAUCCAGUCUUACAAGAUGGAUAGAAACCUUUUACAGUAACAUAACAAGUUGUAUUAUCAACAAUGGAACGCUCUCAGCUAGCUUUGAAAUAAAUCGAGGUGUAAGGCAGGGAGACCCCCUUUCUCCUUACUUGUUUAUCAUUGCUAUGGAACUACUAGCAGUCGCUAUUCGCUCAUGUUCAGAAAUAGAUAGAAUUAAAAUAGAUGAAAAAGAAUUCAAAAUGGUACAGUAUGCAGAUGAUUUAACAGCUUUUGUGUCGGAUAUCAGAUCUGCUCAAUACCUUUUUAAGUUACUUGAUCAAUUCCAAAAAUGUUCUGGCCUAAAGGUGAAUUAUACAAAACCGAAGCAAUGUGGAUUGGCUCUUCCCGUAAUAACAUCGAAACACCUCUAGCAUUGAAAUGGCGUAAAACUGUAAAAGCUUUAGGGGUUCACUUUAGUUACAAUAACGAAGAAUCAGUGCAAAAGAAUUUCUACGAUAAGCUCAAAGGAAUUAAAUCUCAGAUACGCUUGUGGAGUUGGAGAGGCCUCUCUCUGUUUGGUAAAGUUACAAUUAUUAAGAGUUUACUACUUCCUAAAGUUUUAUACAUCUCGUCAAUUCUUCCUUCUCCUUUGGAGUUCAUAAAGGCCCUUCAAUCAAUUAUAUAUAAUUUUCUUUGGAAGGGUCCUGAUAAAAUCGCCAGGACAGCAGUAAUAAAUGAUGUUGAAUUCGGUGGCCUAAAGGUAACUGAUUUUACAACGUCAAUUAUGUCACCCGACUUUCAUGGAUUGGAAGAUUUCUAAGCGAUAAUUUUAUCCCUGGAAAGCGUAUCUAUUACAUUUACUAAAACCUUUUGGUGGAGAAUUUUUUCUUCAUUGUGAUUAUAAUAUUAAUGACUAUAACAUUUCCCCAAUAUUUUAUAAGGAGAUGUUACACUGGUGGUCAGAUUUUCGUUCUAAAUUUGAUCUUGUAAGUCUACGUGAAACAAUCAUCUGGAACAAUCAUAACAUUAGAGUAAACGGCAAACCUUUAUUCUAUUAUAAUUAUAAUAGCGCAAAUAUUAUUCUUUUAAGCGACUUAAAAUUUGAUUUGAGUAACACAGAGUCCUUUAACCUUGCAAAACGUAAUGGUUUAAAAGAUUCCAACUUUCUGACCUGGACUGGUGUUCGCUGCGCAGUACCAAGUCAUCUAAGAAUUCGAUGCCACGAAAUUAAGAAAGAUCAUGUCAGAUCACUGCAAUUUAAAAUCGAUGAUAAAAUCUUUGAUCCAGCACUUAGCAAGUCUAGGGAUUUCUACGGUUUGCUUAUAUCCAGUAAGGCGACAGAGUCCAGAGGCUUCACAAAGUUGAAAUCUAAAUUUUCUAUUGAUGAUGUGGAAACAAAAAAGGCCUUCUCAUUAAUAAGGUCCUGUAUCUGCAAGACAUAUGUGCAAUGCUUUCAAUUUAAAAUACUAAAUGACAUUUUAUUCACAAAUUCCCGCUUAGCUAAGAUAGGUUUAAUACAAAGCGAUCUUUGCACUUUUUUUUGGGUUACUAGUGCGGAAACAAUUGAUCACUUAUUCUUUUACUGUGUUUACUCACAUGCAUUUUGGGAAGAAUUUGAAUCUUAUUGGAUCGCUAUAGCCAAAGAACAAAGGAAACUUGAGUUAAAGACUAUUUUAAUUGGUGUCACAGAUACUAAUUGUUCUUUAUUUAAUUACUUAAUCGUUUUAGGUAAGCUACAUUUAUGGAAUUGCCGUAGGAAUAAUAGUCUUCCUUUUUUCCCUUCGUAUAAGGAACUAGUUAAAAGAAAAUAUGAAACUGAAUGUCACAUUGCGGCUAAGUUUAAUGAUAGGAAGAUGCUAGAGGCUAAAUGGAAACCCAUUUUGAAUUAUAAUUUAAUAGAUACAUAGGUGUGUAAGCGAAAAAAAAAAAAACUGUAAAAAGUAGGGUAAGAAUUGCAGUCUAAGGAAGUAUUAUAUAGUAAGUAGAAUAAGUAACGUCUUGUAGGUGGUAUUGUAAGUAGUGUUCGUCUUGUUUUGUAAAGUAGUGUUCUUCGUGUUGCAAUUAAAAAAAAAAAAAAAAAAAAGAGAAAAUCUCUUAUUCCAAGAUCUUUUUCGCAAAUUCUCCUUAAACUUCAGCCAUCUGACAUCCUACAUGUGUUUUGUAUGGGCAUUAUCCCUAAAUAAUGCAAAUUUUAAAAGCAUUGCAAACACAUCCAAUACGAGUAAGGUUCUAAAGAGAGAAAAUCUUUCAUUCCAAGGAGAUCUUUUUUUCAAAAUCUCCUUAAAUUUGAGUCACCUGAAACUCAGCAACAAAGUUUUCUAGGUCUCAUAAUUAAUUCACGGCACAAAAAGGCAUACCUGUGAAGCACUCUCUCCUUGCUUCCCAUUGUCUAUCGAUGGUUCUCCAUUGACUGCAAGUUUAACAUGGUCAUUUGCACUUCAUUGCUGAUUUCGUUGAGCCUGUUUUAAAACAUCUUUCCAUAUGUUCCCCUGCCUGGUGUUCAUUCCAACUGUUUUUUUAACACUCGCAUUAUUGAGCAACCCAUGAAGGACAUCCUUGAUGCUCUCCUUGUUCUCAGGCUGAGGAACCUGUAGGGGUGGAUCUAUCAUGCUUAUACUUUCUUCCUUCAUACACACAAUUUAAAUUUUGUUCCUUUCCAUCAUUUAAUACGUUGCCCACCCAAACAUUGCAGCAUACAUCUGCACAUUCUGCUAAUUGUAAUUACAGGAAAAGAGAGAAAGUAAUCUGUGGGACAUACCUCUUUGACAUAUUCUUGACCGCUGAGUAUUAUGGCAACUAGAAGUGUGCUUUCUUCCUCCUCCAAUUUUAUUACGUUUUUAUUUCUUUCUGGCAUCCUGACUGUCUCUGACGAUGUCCAAUUUUAGCCAAGUUAUUAGUUAACAUCUCAGGGUGACUCAGAGGGUUGUUUCAACACUGAUAGCACAUUGCAAGGAUGAAUUUUAAACAUAUCACACUUCAUCACGAUCUGCCAUUUUGGUUUCACUGCCUGCCAUAGGAGAAAUUAUUUAUUUACUGGGCUGAGAUUCUCAAUUAAAGCUACUUCGACAUUUCCAUUAGAGAACUACUAAGAAGCAGAGACAUCAGUCCUAAUCCUGGACCUCGCAAAGGCAGAGAACCUUCUGUAAACUACAGCAUAUGUUUCAAAUCACUAACUAACAAUCAUCAAAUUGCUCCAAGCAAUAUCAAGUCAAGUCUAGUCAAGUCUUGUAUGUCUUCAAGUCAAGUUUUAUAUGGAUCAGAGUAAAGCUUUUGAUUUGAUAUUGCAUGACCUAUGGUGUUUCUUCACCUGGCCUGGCUCUUGUACACAAUUACAUUAGAGACAGGUCCCAGCAUAUGAGGAUAAAAGAUGUUACUACAGAUGUUGUUGUUUUCUCUAAGGGUGUACCCCUGGGAUCGGUUUUAGGGCCACUCCUUUUCAAUAUAUUUCUUAAUGAUCUGUUCUAUUUUCUUAAUUGUGCAAAUUUGUCCAACUAUGCUGAUGAUAACCGAAUUGUUUUUAAAGUGAUCACAAUCCUGAAGUGGUAAAGUCUGUAAUCAAUUGUGAUCCCCCUGUCACAAGUCAUAGGUUUGAUGAUAAUUAGCUAUAGUGCUCAAUCCUGGGAAAUGUAAAUGCAUUAUUCUUCGAAAAAGCUAUUCUAGUGAUCUUUCCUUUAGUAUAAAUGAUGUGCAGGUUCCAAUCAUAGACUGCUAUAUUUUCAUAAACACAUUUACCGGGAGAUGGUUUGAGCAGGCUAAAGAACAUAGCAUCAAUUUCCUUGAAAAUGUGCCUCUACAGCUUCUAUGUAAUGUCUUACUUCACUUACUGUUCUGUUAUUACUUUUAUUACUCUACUGUUAUUGUUUACUUUUACUUUACUUAGGUCCCUAACAUGCACUGCUAGGGGCCUAAUCGGCCUCAUUAACCCAAGUUGAAAUAAAGUUACUUACUUAGUAACUUACAUUCCACAUCAUUGUUGCCAGGGAUGAUCUCAUCUAUAAGCAAGACUGAAUCUCUACUUGCAAGGUCUGUUCUGGACACUUGUUCAUCAUCAUUUUUCUGUCUUUUUGGCAUAGCUUCAGCCAGGCUGAUCUUCCCACUCAUUGUCACUUUCAUAAAAAACUGGUAA